GUUUCACCUGGCAAGCUCAAACAUUCGCCGGCACUCCGCCAAUCUUGGAUCAACGUGCAUGCUCGCCCAAUGACUGCAUUGCCCGGCCAGUAUGGAUGACAGGACCUCUCGCGCUGGCGAAGCCGCCCACUCUGCCAGCACAUCUGGUCAACCUACGCGUCCUACGCCCUCAACCACCGCAAACCCCAAUGCGCCGAAAGUGCAGCAGCCUAAACCACAGGCCUUGCCCUCGCGCUCAGGCCCCAGCUCGAUCCUUGUUUCGCCGCGCCAAAAGGGAAACCCAAUUCUAAACAACGUCAAGUUGACCGCUUGGGAGUAUUCAGACAUCCCUGCGGAUUACGUCCUUGGUGCCACGACUUGCGCGCUGUUCCUGUCGCUCAAGUAUCACCGUCUGCACCCGGAGUACAUCUACAAUCGCAUACGCGACCUGAAGGGUCAGUAUGAUCUGCGCAUUGUAUUGACGAUGGUCGACGUUGAGAAUCACGAGGAUUCGUUGCGAGAGCUGUCGAAGACGUCAUUGGUCAACAACGUCACCGUCAUGCUGUGUUGGAGCGCACAGGAAGCUGGGCGCUACCUGGAGCUCUUCAAGACGUUCGAACAUGCUGCACCCACCAGCAUUCGUGCCAAGCAGUCUUCUACCUACUCAGAGAACAUGGUCGAGUUCAUCACAGUGCCGCGCAGCAUCAACAAGACCGACGCUGUAGGCCUGGUGUCGAACUUCGGCAGCAUACGGACUGCCAUCAACGCCGGACCAGAAGAGAUUGGCCUGAUCGCCGGAUGGGGAGAUAAGAAGGUUCAGCGUUGGUGUAACGCGAUGAAAGAGCCGUUCAGAGUCAAGAAGGCUGCAAAACGUAGCCUAGGACCUACCCGGGAGAACACUCAAGCAGGUCGAGAGAGAGAUACCUCUAUGGCAGAAGAUGAACGUGAGGCGCCUGGAGAGCCUGUUCUCCAGGCCAUGGCGCGUCAGAGACUAAUUGAUGCUGCACCAAUGCCUCUUGGAGUGCAGCAAGUUUCUACAACUUCAGGUAUGACCGCGGACGCAGACAGGCGGCCUGAUCAUCGUCCUGCUGAAGUCUUGGACGAGUUCGAGGACGACGAAGAAGCGCUGAAGGAACUUGAUCAUGCACCUCAGCAUGCUGUAUCCAGGCCUGCGAAGCGCAAACAGGCCGAAGAAGAUGCCAGUGAGGGUGUUAUGGCAGCUUUGAGUAAGUUGAGAAAACAAUAAUGAGUUUAUCACACAUAUGCUUUUUGCAGGCUGUUGUUUAAGUCUUCAAACUGUCUCGGUCACCCACCCUCAC